AAAGCAUAUGGCUGCAUGGGCAUUUGUAAUAAUUUGUUGAAAUAAUAAUAAUAAUUAUUAUAAUAAGGAGGUGAAAUGGAAUAAUUGGACACAAAUUGAGGACAUGGUUUGAUGGGGAAGAUUGCGACUUUCUCAAAGCCACUUCUCUUCCAAUCGAAGCUCCUCUGUAUCUCACUUGUCUACCUCUUCUCCGCCCUCUUCUUCGCCGCCCAUUUCACCUUCUCCGCCACCAAAUGCCUUUUCCGGUGGUCGCCUUUCGACCCUGUGCAGGCGCCGCUCUUCUCCUACCCCUCCUCUUAUGGGGAACACAAGCAUGCCAUCCCUACCACGCGCUCCUCCUGCGAUUCCCCUGUUUACUUCUCAGAGUAUUGGAAGGUUUUGAGGGAAAUGCGGCGGAUUGGUAAUGAUUAUGGAGCCUUGAGGAUGAGAUAUAUGCAGGGGAAUAAUGAUCGGAGUUUUGGUGGAAAUCUGAGCGUGGCGAAGAGGUUUUCUUAUUUUGAUUUUCGUGGCGAUGGAAUCGAAGUUCCUUGUGGAUUCUUCAUACGUUUUCCGAUUAGUGAUUACGAUCGGAUUUCCAUGGAGAUGUGCGACGGACUGGUCGUAGCCUCCGCCAUAUUCAACGAUCACGACAAAAUCCGGCAGCCAAGGGGCGUUGGAUCCGAAACCCUAAAUUCUGCGUGUUUCUUCAUGUUUGUGGACGACGCAACGCUCGAUCGACUCCAUUUCCACAACAUGAUAUCAAAAACAUCCACGGAAUCUAAGAUCGGUGCUUGGAGAAUCGUCAAGGUCUCGAGCGAACAGCUAUACGAUGAUAAUCCAGCAAUGAACGGAGUGAUACCAAAGUACCUAAUCCAUCGUCUCUUCCCCAAUUCAAAAUACAGCAUAUGGAUAGACGCGAAGCUGCAAUUGGUAGUUGAUCCAUUUCUGCUGAUUCAUUCCCUGGUUGUGAAACAGAACGUCGAUAUGGCUAUAUCCAGGCAUCCGUUCUUCACCCACACCAUGGAAGAGGCCAUGGCAACUGCUAGAUGGAAGAAAUGGUGGAAUGUCAAUGGAAUCCAAUUGCAAAUGGAGACAUACUGUGAGCAUGGCUUGCAGCCAUGGAACUCCACCAAGCCUUAUCCCACAGAUGUGCCAGACAGUGCACUAAUCCUAAGGAGACACACUUUGGCAAGCAACCUGUUCUCCUGCCUGAUGUUCAGUGAACUUGAUGCAUUCAACCACAGAGAUCAACUGGCGUUUGCAUUUGUGAGGGACAAAAUGAAGCCCCAAUUGAAGAUGAACAUGUUUGGGGUUGAAGUGUUUGAGCAGGUUGCGUUAGAGUACAGGCACAACCUCAAGGCAGGUGGGGCCAGCGUGGGGCCCAAGAUAAAGAGGGCCCUUGACAGCCCUGAUUUUCUUGGCAAUGGGAAAUGCGAUGGCUAUCUUUCAAAAAUGUGGGGUGAAUCCCAUGAUUGAUUUGAUGGGUAACCUUUUGUCUGAUUCAGUUUUGCCUUUUUGCCCCUGCAUGACAGAGACUGCUACUGACUACUGAGGUGUAACUAACAAUACAGGUAAAGCUGACAACACAUACCAGGUUGGCAGUGAUUUCAUUUAUUAUUAAUUAUAUGUCCCAUAUGAACAUCUUCUUUUGUAUCCUUUUUUGGGUGUACACCAUACGAAUCUUGUUCA